ACUCAAUAACAAUAAGAAUUUUAACACAUUUUUAACCUGUUAAACUAAGUGUAAUUUGAAAAAACUGUUUACAGUUUAGUUUCCUGCAGCUGGAGUCAUUUGUACAUUUUUAUAGUAACCACUUCUUUCAGGGUUGAACUAGGGCAGUACAGUCUCGUUUACAUAGAGCAGAGAUCAUGUGACUUUUUAACCACUUCGUUGUGUAUUCUGUUGAAAAUGUAGUACGAGAGCUCUGUAAGUCACGGUGCAGUUGUUUCUGAGUGAAGGUCUUAUUGUGGCUUCACUGAUAAACAAAAGCGCAAAUGUUAGUAAACGGUAUCAUUUUAGAUUUCAGUAUGAGAUGUUUUGUUAUAGGUCCCAAAACUUGUGUGAGAUUGUGAAGACAGUGAAAACAAGUCAAUGCAGAACCUGAAUUGCAAACAACUGGACUGAUGAGGGUAAAACUAAAGUAUUUAAUAAAAUAAUAAUAUUAAUAAUAAUAUAAAACUGAAGGACUGUGUGGACAUUCGGCGUACAGCCAGUGAACAGUAGUGCUGUUGUCCCAUGCCUGUCCUGCCUGCAACCCUCUGUCCCAGGUGUGGUAACUUAUCCUCCAGGAUUUCACUAACACAAGACAGGAGUUCCUUUGUCCAAACAUUUCAGAUGAGAGUCUAAAAAGAAAACCGACUCAAACCUUACAUUUUUUUUAAAAGUCUAAUUUGUAAAGUGGUGCAUUUACAGUUUGUGUCAAAUGCACUUGAAUGUUGAUCACAGUUUCUAGUUUUAUCCUGCAGCUACAACUGUCAGUUCUUUCCAACCUUACGCAGCACUUUUACCACCGGAGCCUGUUGUUGGGGGGACUCAAACACAACAUUCUGUGCAAUGCCUAAAAGUGAUACGUGGCCAGGUGGGGUUGCACUGGAGACCAGUGGCAUGGACAGUGCUGGCAGCUGUGACAGUGUUGUCAGCGCUAAUUCUGGAUCAAGCGACGACAGUCUGGAGCACCUGUCUGCUGAAGAGAAAGCCUGUCUCAUGUUUUUGGAGGAGACCAUCGAGUCUCUGGAUACUGAAGAAGACAGUGGACUGUCCAAUGAUGAGCCAGAUCACACGACCAAGCCAGGAAACCUCGCAACCAAAGCAGCUGACCUGUCAGAAUCCAUAAGAAAAAGUAACGUGACCAAUUCACAGAAACUAGGAUCUAAAGAACCAAUGAAGGAACAUGUUCACACCAAAUACGUGCAGAACCUCAUGGUUCCUACUCCUAUUGUUGUGGCCCAGACUCAAGCAGGCGUUUCUCCACCCAUGAAGGUAAACAGAUCCAGUCACAAACACAACCAGAAACCUUCUCGUGUACGUUUUGAGGACGACAUGACGACUCCUGCCACAAAAGACGUGUCCUUUAGGACGGUUGAGAAUCCUUUACCCAGAGGACCUCUGUCCCAUGAGGCGCUUGUGUAUAUGCAGAGGACUGCCUCAACAAAGAAGACACCAUUGUGUCCCAAGGUGGACCACACUAUAGAGUGGGACAAAAGUAGUCCUGGCACAGCGGAAGGCUUGAAGACCAGGAAGUUAGCGGGAUCAGAAAGAUCUGACUCAGAGUCUUCCAAGUCCAGGAAAAGUCCACCUGCAGUUGCUCCCAAACCCAAAACAAUUCCUGCCAACUUGCAUGUGGAAACACAGAAUUCCACUUCCCUUAGCUCUUCACAGAGCUUCAGACAUGCAACGGAUCCACAGGCCGUGAGACAAGAGGCUUUAAAGAAGCUGGGGCUCCUGAAGGAGAAACCCUCACCAAAUGAAGUGGGGGCUUCACCUCAAUCCCACUCUUCUGGAGAGCCAACGUGUGAACAAACUAUCAAAGGUCACGCUGCUCGUUACCCACCAAGAAGUCCGUCGUUCUCUUAUUCUCCAGCUCCCACAGAGGCCAGGAGCAGACCUCUUCAGAGCAGUGCUAGUUUCCAUCACUUCUCACGACAGGACCAAUGUUCUGCACCAACGUCAUGUUCCACCCAGACCAGUGGAUCCAGCACAGUUGUUCCAGGACAAACUGUCAGAGUAAACAGCCCUAAGACUAAUGGGAAAUGUCCUGGUCUGGGGAACAUCCCAGAAACUGAGCCCAAGGAAACACCUGUACCCCAGCCUGACCCCCACAAACCCCCAAACUCAGUGGAAUAUUCAGUAGUUGUGGUGCCAGGGAUGGGAGCUGAUAGAAGAGAAGCAUUGAGGAAGCUGGGACUGCUGAAAUACUAAACACGGUUAGAAGUCUGGCGGAGUUUAAAUCUGAAAGUUUAACAAUACAGAAAACUACAGACCAAACCAUCUGCAGCACACAGAAACUCUGGUUUAUUCUCACUUCAUGUUAUGUAUCAUAUUUCUUCUGUAACCUGCCUGUGUCUGGCAGAACGUCUUUCUGAUUGGUUUUGUUGUUGUUGUUGUUGUGGCAACUUUUCUGAAAACGAACUGGUUUAUCAGCCCCGCUUUUUUGAACUGGGGUGGAACAAGAUGUCCAACUUCAGGUGAGGUUGUGGCAGAUGUAGGGGGGGUGCUCCGAAAUCCAGACAUUCGGGAAAAGCCUGAACACACCAUUAAUUGUAGCACACAAGCAGACCAUCUCUCCUCUGUUUUAUCAUCACGUCUUUUGUCGCCAUACUGUAUAUACAGCAGGUACAGUAGUGGUGGAGGGUGGGGGUAAUGCCCCCUUUGUCCCUGGUGCCAUCUGCAUGCAUGUUGGAAACAAGUUAACAAGGAUGUCUGUGUUUGUGGUGUUAUUAGCCUGUUUUCGAGCAGAUUCAAACACGCGUACACGACCACAAUGACGUUAUUGGACUUUUAGUGUUUCACCAACCAAAGUCUACAAAUGAAAAAAAACUUCAUUCAAAUUUGGACUAGAAAUACAGUAAUUUUAGCCCCUGCUGACUUUUCUAAGUCAGCAGGGGUCAGCUGCUCAGCCUCAAGGGGGCGCCUGAAGGUCAAAAUAAAUUUGUGCUGCACUCA